AGCCGUGUUUAAUCUGAAGUGAGAAAUUAAGAAUGGCUGAGGGUUAUAAAGAAGAGGGAGAGAGGAGUGGACUGGACACGGACACCACUCAGAUGAAAACCGAAAAUCACAAACACAGCUUGAGAUUUCGUUACAAAUACAGGAAAUACACAAUGACCUGUGAUACACCUAGGACCAUCCUAGAGACACUUCAGACAAACUUCUAUUUUAAAGCCAUCUGUAAGAAAAAACAGAAUGGGAGAAAUAAGGAAAUAGUCAUCAGGAGAGAGCAGAUGCAAAGAGCUGCUGUGACACCACAUUUCCCCUGCUGUUUGCUCAAUGACAACGAGCUUCUGGACCUCAAGUUCAUCAGAUCAGGUGAAAACAGCAAUACAGCGAAGCCACCAAAAUUCACUGUUCACCCACGUGAAAAUCUGGUUUGUUUCUACAUUCAGACCAGAGGUGAUGAAAAUAUCCGCAGGCUGAUGAAGAGUAAUGAGCUGACAAGAACUGUGAAUUACGUGUGUGUGUAUGCAGUGAAGGGGGAGAAAGUGAAAGUGGCACUAAAGCGUGAUGGGAGAUUUAACGGUGUGAUUUUCAGAAAAGGAGCUCUCUAUGAGCAGCAAACUGAGAGCAUCAUGAAUCUCUCUAAUCUUGUUGAUCAUCUGGAUGGAAAGCAGUUUCAGGUCAAAGUCUCUCCUCACCCGACAGGCAGCCAGGAGUAG